ACGUGAGCAGUGGGGAGGUCACGUGACGGCGGCCGCGAUGGCGGAGGAGGAGGAGGAGCGGGCGCUGCUGGGCCCCGAUGGCGGCGGCCGCGCUGUCCCGGGCUCCCCCCGCGCCCUGCCCGCACUCUGCGACCCGCGGCGCCUGCCGCACCGCCUCCUGGUUCUCGGCUUCAUGUGCUUCCUGGGCUUCGGCAGCUACUUCUGCUACGACAACCCGGCCGCUCUGCAGACGCAGGUUCAGCGGGAUAUGAAGGUGAACACGGCUCAGUUCAUGUCGCUCUACGCUUGGUAUUCCUGGCCCAAUGUGGUUCUUUGCUUCUUUGGAGGUUUUCUGAUCGACAGAGUGUUUGGGAUACGGUUGGGCACUAUAAUAUUUAGUGUCUUUGUUUGUGUCGGGCAGGUGAUUUUUGCUUUGGGAGCUCUACUUAAUGCUUUCUGGCUGAUGGAUGCGGGCAGAUUCAUAUUUGGAAUAGGCGGAGAGUCCUUAGCGGUGGCACAAAACACGUACGCCGUCAGUUGGUUUAAAGGGAAGGAGUUAAACCUUGUGUUUGGAUUACAGCUCAGCAUGGCCAGAAUAGGGAGCACAGUGAACAUGAACAUCAUGGGAUGGAUUUACUCCAGAGUUCAAGAUCUUCUGGGCUAUGCUGGUCCCAGUACUCUUGGCUUAACUCUCAUGAUAGGCGGCGUAACGUGUCUCUUCUCGCUGGGCUGCGCGUUAAUCCUCGCUUACCUGGACAGGAGAGCAGAGAAGCUCCUUCAUAAAGAACAGGGGAAAACGGGUGAAGUGAUCAAGCUGACGGAUGUGAAGGACUUCUCCUUGUCCUUGUGGCUUAUAUUUGUCAUCUGUGUCUGCUACUACGCAGCGGUUUUUCCUUUCAUUGGCCUUGGAAAAGUUUUCUUUAUUGAGAAAUUCAGAUUCUCAUCUCAAGAAGCAAGUGCAAUUAACAGUAUUGUGUAUAUCAUAUCAGCACCCAUGUCCCCUGUCUUUGGUCUCCUGGUGGAUAAAGUUGGAAAGAACAUCAUCUGGGUUUUAUGUGCUGUCGUAACUACGCUCGCUUCUCAUAUUAUGUUGGCUUUUACCUUCUGGAACCCCUGGAUAGCAAUGUGUUUGCUCGGAGUGGCCUACUCGCUGCUGGCCUGUGCCCUGUGGCCCAUGGUGGCCUUUGUUGUCCCCGAACACCAGCUGGGAACCGCGUAUGGCUUCAUGCAGUCUAUCCAGAACCUGGGGCUGGCAAUUAUUGCCAUAGCAGCGGGGAUGAUUCUGGACACAAGAGGAUACUUGUUUCUUGAAGUCUUCUUCUGUGCUUGUGUUUGCUUGUCACUAAUAGCCGUAGUCAUGCUGUACUUUGUGAAUCACUUCACCGGUGGCGAUCUCAACUGGUCUGCAAAGAAAAGGGAAAAAUUGCAAAAAGUAGCUGCGACCGAAGCAGAAGAACAAGAGAGACUCAGACGUCAAAAUGAAGAUGACUUGGCUAAAUUGCAGCCAAAACCCGAUGGCUUUAGUUUAAGGAAUAAAUACCUCUCCAAACUAGGCGCUCAGCUACCAGAUAAUUAUUCUUCCUGUUUAUCGACAAUGGUACACAGAAGCGUGUUGAAAUAGCAUCUUGCCCCACCGAAGUUCCCAGUACACAAAACCUUGUUUCUGGUACUCAGAGCAGCGAAAGCACAAGGACACCCCGCGCUUUUCUGCAAGCCUAGAUCCUAGUUCUAAAACACUUGGCUUAAGCUCCCCCUCCGCACUGUGAGUAAUUAACACAGAUACCCAUGAAGAAUCAUCUGGCUGUUUAUUUGAACCCUGAGCUACGUACUACACCCUCCUGUCUGAAAUACUCCGUGAGUAGCUCGAGUUAAUAGCAAAGACUUGAUUUCUUCAACGAUGUGUGAAAUGCGGAAGCUUCGUUUUGGUAAUUGCUGUAAAAUGAGCCCCGAUGUGGGGAUGAGUUAUACAGCUCCUCAAGUUGGACGGCUUGGUUACCAGCUAGGAAAUGGUCUGUUUCGUUUUUCUUAUAGAAAAGAUUGAAGAAAGAUUACUUUCUUGUUUUGGUCCAAGCAAAUAUUGCAGAGGAAAGCAGAUUAUGCAGUUUCAGUGUUACAGUUCAAAAAGCGCUGGCCCUGGAAUUUAACACCAGGUCACAGGCUUAGCAAUAAACCUCAUGUAAGUCCUGGUUAAUGUGAAAAUUGAUGGUUUUUUAAGAGAUUGCGGCUAAAAAGGAUGGAAAGAGUUAAAUGCCAGAAAUGAAGUUGGGCAUUCAGUGGAAAAAUGUUCAGAUUUUAUAAUGAAACUUAACACUUUUCCCUAAUUUCAGGGAAGGGCUUGUUGCGGAACAGCUGGUUCCCAGUAACUCCUGCAGAGUGAUUUUUCCUGGUUUUUGUUACAUAUAAAGACUCGCUUAUGUAAUUGGACAAACUCCGCCUAAAUGAAGCUAAUCUUACUUCAAAAGGCAAGAGCGUCUGGGUUGCUGGAGCAAGAAUUGCUGCCAUACGGGUACAAGUGCAAGUGCACAGGGUGGGUGAGUUUCCUUGGCUCAUUUCAGGGUGUCUUCGUGUGCCACAAGAUGCUUCGACUAAUUAAUUGGCGGACUGCAAAGAAGGUAGUUUAUCGUAAUUAUGUUACAUUAUACCUCCAUUAUUUUUCUACGUACACUAAUUUAAGCAGAACUUCUGGAACUUGUGGUCUUCAGAUUUUUUUUUUAAAGAUACUUUCCAGUGGAGAUUUCUUUCAUGUUCCUGAAAGAUUAAGAUUAUCUUCCUGAAAGACUAAGCCAGGGCUGGUUUGGUCCAUAGGAAAAUGAAGUAGCAGGUUGUGAACUCUGCUGAGCUCGCUGCCCAAGAGGAGCAGUAGGCUGACCUGGGAUAUUUAGUAUCUUUAUUGGUGCUUUCUGUGCUCCCUUUGAGAACCCAACACUCGGAGAAUGGUUGAUGCAAAUUGGUUUAUUUUUCCUUGUAGACUUGUGAAUUCUGGGUCUUUUUAAAUAAAAGCUUUCAAUGGAA